AUGUUUACAAGUUCUAUGCUACUUGGUGCUCUCGGGAUCAUCCCGAUGUGCGCCGCCAUACCACACUACGUCCCUUCCCGGAUCGAUCUGGACCAUCGUAUUGUACCAAAUAUGAAACCAAAAUAUGGAGUGGAGACACUUUCAGAGGAGAAUGGCUUCUGGUUCGGUAGUUUCGAUGUCGGUGAUUCGAAAAAUCUUACCCUUUUAAUCGAUACUGGGUCAUCAGAUGUGAUUGUAAACCCAGGACUUUACAAGAAAGGUCCAAAAGGGGUCGAUAUUGACCAGACUUUCACCAAUUCCUAUGGAACAACCGAGAGUGAUGGCUCGGGGACGGGGACGAAGAUAUCAGGCACGCUAUACAACGACACUAUGAGAUUUGGCUCUCUCAGAGUCCACCAAACGGUUGGAUCUGCUACAUCAAGUGCCAAUGGAGAGGUCUUGAUUCCAGGCGAUGGUAUUGUGGGAUUUGCGGGCUUGGAAGUGUCUUUUUUAACGGAGCAUCCCCUUUCUUUCAUUCUCUUUGUGAACAAGGUCUCAUUGAUGCUUGCCGAUUUGGAAUCGUCUUGCGAUUUGAGCACCACCGCAAUCAUUCAGGAGUGGGCUUUAUAUGCUGAUAUUGUGCUUGACGGUGUAACUAUCAAGAAUGACGCUCUGGUGGAGCUGGAUACUGGAACAGCUACUGUAAUCGGCCCCGUUGAUGAUGUGAUCGCCAUAUUCAAAGCCUCUUCUAUGGAAUAUGCUGUUCAAACAUCAGAAGAUUCCGGUACCACAGUUACUGGAUAUUUUCCAUGUGACAAACCUCCUACACUCGGCCUUUCUAUCCCAUCCCAAAAGAAUGCCACAGCGGCAAUGAAAGAAAAAUCAAGGCUUGUUAGCCACCGGAGCUCAACUUUCAACAUUGCAGCAGAUCAGUGGAUUGCGGCCGAUAAUGGCAACAAUAACUGCACGGCAAUUUUAUCUGGAACUGACGCGUUCCCGAUCCCAGACUUGUGGGUUGUUGGCCAGCCUUUCUUCCAUGGUACCUAUAUCGAUCACAACCUCAAGACUCGGACAUUGGGAUUUGCCCCUGCCAAGUGCUAA